GUGGAAUAUAAUUUUAAGAAUUUGUUAAUGAUAUGAUAUGUAUACUAUUUUAACGGGUCCGAUGGGAAAUUUGUCUCAUCAUUUUUUUGAAUUCAGGAAGCUUUCACAACCCAUCUUUUCUGAAUUUUCUCGCCUGCCAGUUCGCAUUUACAGAAGAAACCUGAACAUGAAAGCUGCCCAGAACCCUUCUCGGCAGCAGAAGGUCAUAAUAACUAGCAAGUAUGGCAAUAAACUAGUGGGCAUUUUGCAAGAAUCUGAAACCAAAGAGAUUGUUAUCCUAUGCCAUGGUUUUCAAUGCUCUAAGGAUGACAAUAUAAUGACAAAUCUUGCUGCUGCUCUAGAGAAUGCAGGAGUCAGUUCUUUUCGCUUUGACUUCACUGGAAAUGGGGAAAGUGAAGGUUCAUUUGAGUUUGGUAACUAUUGGAGGGAGGUUGAUGAUCUACAUGAUGUAGCUCAACACUUUAACGGAACAAACCAUAAAGUGAUUGCAAUUAUUGGACACAGUAAAGGAGGUGACGUGGUGCUUCUUUAUGCUUCUAAAUAUCAUCACAUUAAAACAGUUGUCAACAUCUCUGGACGCUAUGAUCUGAAGGCAGGACUCGAAGAACGCCUUGGAAAAGAUUAUAUGGAAAGAAUUAGGAAGGAUGGUUUCAUUGAUGUGAAGCGGUCAGGAAGUUUUGAUUAUCGUGUGACUCUGCAAAGUUUGAUGGAUCGCUUUGAUACGAACAUGCAUGAUGCAUGCCUUCAGAUUGAUAAAGAAUGCAGGGUCUUCACAGUUCAUGGUUCUUCAGAUGCAGUUAUCCCUGUUGAAGAUGCAUCUGAGUUUGCCAAGAUUAUACCAAACCACAAGCUACAUAUCAUAGAGGGAGCUGAUCAUUCGUACACUAAUCAUAAAGAUGAAUUAGCCUCUGUUGUUGUGAACCUCAUAAAGGAAACCUUGCACCAAGAUAGUGGUAGUACAUGUAGCUAGAUCUUGCGGUUUCAAGCCAGUUGAAUUCACUCCUGAUGACAAAUUUUCUUUCAUGGAUGAGCCUGCCUAUGAUGUUCAACAUGUUUGAAUUAGUGAAUCUUGCAUCACAUGGUGAAAAUAAUGGGGAGAGCAAUAUCAGCUAGUGUUAUGUUUCUCUUAUCAGAUUUACCAAGUCAUGUAGACAUUAUUAAUUAUGAGCGUGAAAACAGUUGUAUCAUCGUAGAACAUUGUGGCCAGGACAAAAAGCCUUAUGGGGUUUAAUCUCAUACUACUGUAAAAACAAAAGUAAGAAAACUUUAUGGUGUAGACUGCUUAGUAGCCACCAGUUUAAGAAUGAUAAAAAUAUUCUUUUAGAUUGAUUUCUAGAUUGUGGGUGGCAUGAGGAUGCUACCAUACUCAAAAAGCAUGUGCCACGAGUCCAUGCCUGUUCAAUUCA